CCAGCUCUUCAUCUACCAGUAUGUGGAAUCUAGACUCACCAACGAGUACGGCGUAGAUGGCAAGUCCUGUCUACUCAGGUUUAUCUGCGAAAUAAACCGUUUCCCAAUCCGAGAGUGGACCAUAAUUGGAGAGCUGAUUUCUGAGAUGUUUACGCCAAGAGAAGGGGAAGAAGGAUACCUUGAGGCAUACCACUACGCAGCUGAAACUGGGAGGAGUGCUGUAGGCCUAUCUCCUUGUUCCCACGAGUACUCAAAUUCUUGUCCAAUGAGUGUCUUCAACUUUUUCAACCAGCAGGAGGUUUUCUGAGGAAUGCUGAUUUUUAAAAAGCAUCCCUGAGUUCUUGAGGCUAUGGAUGAACUUGACGACUUGCCCGCGGCUUCAGACUCGGCAGAGGGCCUGCCCAAAUCAAAGAGUUCGUCUCCUUGUGUCGUCAGGUCGGCCCGGGGAUCAGAAGAGUUGAAUCUGGGCGAGAAGAGGGAGUCUCCGGAUAGGAACGACAGCGGCGCUGAGGAAAGUCUAGUUAACCCGCCACCACCGGCCGAAUUGGGUGAAGAUGUUUGUGCUAUGCUCCGUGGUGAUGCGAUUGGAAACACUGCCUACACACAGCGUUGGGUGCUAAACACUCUGGUUGUAAUCACUCAGGCACUGCCGUACUACCUAGCCUCAGAAGUCGAACCCGUUCCAGAUGUGGCUUUCAGCCAGGAAAAUGAGGAUUCCAAGAAUAUGGACACAGAGGAACCUUCUAAGGAGGCAAAAGGGGCUAACGGUUUGGAGGAGGAGAGACCGCCCAUAUUGGAAUUAGCAGAAGACGUUGAAAGUGCUGCCUGCCAGUUGUGGGACAUGACAGUGGAACCUGAUGUGGUAAUCCACCUUCUUGACCUCGGAGCAGUUGACAUUUUACAGUUGGCAACGGAUAUAAUCACAAUGUCACGCGCACCAAGGCUAACGGAAGUGGUCGUAGGGGUCGUAGCUAACAUGAGCUGCCAACCCGCAGGCUGCAAAAGAAUUAUCAACCAUCAGGCAUUGCUCAACGCUUGCCUAGCCCUUCCACAGACGACAGACGACGUGCCGACGCUCAUCGAGGCUUUCCGGUUUCUGCGGCUUCUCCUCUGGCACCUGAGCCACCGAAUUCCGAUAAGUUCUCGCUCUGGGUGCCCAUUGAUUAUGUCACUCAAAGGGCAUGAAGCACUGAAAGUUGCCCUGGUAUUUAUUUUGAAAAACAGUUUGAGUGAAACUCUUCUCAGCUCAGUAUUUCAGUUUCUUGAAAUUUUGCUGUACCUUUGGUUACCUGAAGACCAGGGCUAUAUGGCUGCUCAUUAUGCUGAAUCAGGUUUAGUCGAGGGCAUAGUGGAAGUGAUGCGCCACUUUCUGAAGCAGGCAGAGAAGAACGGAUGUCAGGAACUUCCCAAGGAGGUUCAUAAAGGAAUUCUAAUCCUGUACAGUUUCGUUGGCACACAUGCAUCACACCUUAUCAGUAGUUUCGACCAGUACGAACCACUGUUGGAGCCGAUUGUGGUGAGCUACGUGGAACACAUAGCAAAAGUGGAGAACACCGAGGAACUACUCGAAGACGAAAAUGCCGAGAGACUCACAUACGCUCUCGGCCUUUGCGAGCUCCUUGUGCCCACCAUGCGGCACCCAAAUAUCCUUUCGUCUAUAGGCAAGCUGUUGGUGUUAACACACGGGGCCAACCAUCGCCAUGGGACACCCCUUGGAAAGAGCGUGCAGUCAGCCCCCAACUUUGCCCCAGACAAAAGGAGCCACAGAAAACUCCGCAGAAGCAGAAGUAGGAAGAGCAGAUCGUCGCAAGAGCAGAUGGAAACAGAUUCGUUGGUACCCGAGCAAGACGCGAAGGAAGAACGGGGGCAAGACGAGCGAAGGAAAGAAAGACGGAAGGGCCCCAAGUUCAAACGGAUCCCUUCGACAGCAAGGUCGACGAGUGUCUGACGAGCAGCGUUGCUUCUUCCCAGGGUUUGGCUGACUUUUCAGCCAGCACUGUCCAAGAAUCACCAGGAGCGGUGGCCUGUGAAACUUUACGAAAUGAACCUUCCAGUUCAGUAACAAACAAUUCCCCAGCGAUGAAUGAGGCGAUUG